ACGACGUCGACGACUGCAGAUCGGCCGACGCGAAAAACCAACAAUAAUAACAGAAUGUUUACGGAACGAGAUUAGUUCAUUAGGAGGCGAUCAUAACUGGAUGUGUGAUUAUUACUCGAGUGCUAUUUUAAGGCACCGACCGGGAUUGAGAUUAAGCAUAUCCGUUGAGCGAUGUCGGGCUUGACGUUGUCCAGCAGCUCCGGAGGGCCGACGACAGGUGUACCGAAAGGUGCAGUGGAGUUCACUGAAAGUUCUGGUAGAGCUCUGAAGUUGCAGACCGAUGGACCGCACCUGGUCAGCAUGGGUGGGGACAGGCUCAGCACCGCGGUCACUCUGCAUCCCUUACCUUCAGGUAUAAUCACUUUAGGUAGCAGUCCAAAAGUGGAUAUAAAUGUGCAAGGAACGGGCGUGCUGCCAGUGCAUUGCCACAUCGAGAACGUUGAGGGUGUAGUGACCAUUUACCCGACUUCAGGACAAGUUUGCAUCGAUGGUGUUGCAACAGCUGAGCCAUCUAGAUUAACGCAAGGUGUUAUUCUGACGAUAGGACGUUCGAAUUACAUGCGAUUCAAUCAUCCGGCCGAAGCGAAAUUGAUGAAAUCGGUGCUUCCGAACUCCCGGAUAUCUAUGGCCCCAUUUCCAUUCGAUAACGUGAUGUACCUGCAGAAGCAGUCCAACAAAAAGCCUCCGGUGGCGCCGAGGAGGAGUCCCCGAGAAUCUAUGUCCGAUGAGGAACCUCCAUCCAACAUCAUGACGAAGGUGUCGAAAUUCGAAUACUUAGCAGCUCAGAACUUCAGGAAGAGCAUCUCGCCGAAAGUGUUUUCCGCCAAUUUAGUUACAGUGAAUACUCCAGCUAAAGACGUGCUCGGGAAGGCGCCUCCGGAUUUGCACAAUUUCGCAAAGAACAUUUCGCAACCGGCUGUGAAUUACUCGGAUUCGGGAUUCGAGGAGAAACAGAAGAACAAGACGCCCGAUAGGCAGAUCUUCGGCUGCAAGUCUCCCGCGUACGUGAACGUCGCUAUAAACGAGGGCAAGAGCAUAAACAACAAGGUGGUUCUGUUCGAGAAUGGAAGCGCGCCCAAACCGCAGAAUAUUAAUCACGAGCAACCGCACGAGUUGAACAACAUCACGAGGAACUACAAUCCUUCGACGACUCCGACACACAAGAACACCAAUGUCAGCCACGGUCUGAACAAACCGCAUUGCAGGAGUGUCACACCUACGUCGAGCGGCGAUAGAACGGAUCAGCAGAGGUUGAGUGGAUCUCUCGGCGAUCUUACCGCAAACAAUUUUGAGAGUCUGGCGGUGCGGAAGAAUGAGGCGGAAAUCAGGAGGAAUCAAGCGCAAGUGGAUAGGAUUAAGGAGCAGGAAAUCGAGAAGGCGGAGCAGGUGAGGUUGGAGGAGAUACUGAACAUGUGCGCAGAGUACGACAAACAAGUACAGUGCGAGAAGUCGAUGAAGCCGACACCGAAUAGGAUAAAAACGAACGGUUCACUGCCAAGAGAUAAACGUACUUGCAUUUCGCCUAAUCUGCUGAGCUCGCCGGGCGGUGGAUCGCCUUUACACAGCAGCUCUCCCAGCCAAUCUAAAGACAAUACAGUCUUCAAAUUCGAGGUGGAUAAACCGAACAAUCACUCGUACGAGAACGUUUCCAUCAACCACAAUCACCAGGUGUAUUACGAAACCGUCGAGAUUCGUAAGCACAAUAUCGGGGAGGAAGGAAAGAAUUGCAUGAGCACCUACGAGAACGUCUCCAUCAGCAACAACGGAAUUCCGCAUUUCCCGCAAUCCCCGAGGACCAGAAUCAAGACGUUCGUCACUACGAAUAAAGAAAGUCCAACAAAGUAUGAACUAUUGGAUAGAAAUGAGCAGAACAGAGAUCUAAGCAACAAACAUCUGGACUCGACUUCGAAUUUCAAAUCGAAAACGCUGCCUCCGAAAUUCAUUUUGGCGAUGAAAGAAGAGAAGGAUUACAUCCUUCAAUUGGAAAACUACGAGAAUCUCACGCUGAACAACCACAGCGCCAGCCUCUCGAAUAAUUUAAAUGUUUCACAGGAAAUAGGAAGCAAUGACAUGAUUGGUCGUAUCGAUAGGGAUGCAAAUGUCCAGAAGAUACAAGCGUUGCGUUCGGACCGAAAAGAGAAGUUGAACGCGAUCACCAGUCUUAAGAGACAAAUGGCCGAGAUCGAGAGUCACGGAGAGGAAUUGUGCCGAGAGCUCGAAUUGGAGAAGGCUUUAAUAGUGGGUGAAUAUAAAUCCAAAGAGUUGGAGAUCGAGAAAUUGGAGCUGCGCAAAGAGCAGUUGAUGAAGCGCGCUUUACGCUUAGACGAAAAGAUGAAUGAAAGUCAGGUGAUUCAGGAGGAGGACCAAAAGAUGUGCAAGGAAAAGUUGUUGGAUGCUCAAGAGAAUUUAAGCACUAUAGAGCUUAAGCUUUCAAUAUUACCUAAAAGCACUCCCGAUUACGACACCACCUUCGAUGAGCUUCUCUUAGCUCAGGAGGUCCUCGAUACGGAACGGAAGACCUUCGAAGACCUGGAGUUCCAUCAUUUGGAGGAGGAAGCGGAUUGGCUGGCGAGUCGCGAGGAAAUCCAAAGGGAAAUCCUGGAAUUAACCAAACGCAUAGACGAAUUGUCGCACCAGAUAAACGAUUUGGAUAAGGAGAAGACUGUAACGACGAACGUGAACGCUAAGGAGUACAAAAAGAUCGAAGAGAAGAGGCUGGACUUCUCGAGGAAGAUCGAGGAGAUCCGCAAUCAAAUUAAAAUUAUAGAUGCAGAGCUCAGCGCGCUGAACAACAAAGAGUCUGACGAUGAGGUGUCGACGGACAGCGACAGUGAUAAAACGAAGGACACCUCCGAGGGGCGAUUGCUCUCCGAUUCUUCUCUGAACCAAAUAAGCGAUCUGAGCUGCUCGUACAUCAUAAGCAGCACGAAACUCAUCGAGGAAGACUUCAACAUGUCGCAAUCGUUCAACGAGAAAUUGUUCAUGGACAAGUCGGUUUUGGACGAUGGUUUAGGUAAAAAAAUCCCUAGUCAAGACGAUAUCGAUCGCAUCAGCAAAAUCACCAUAGAUGCUCCCAUUAAUAUGGUGGAGGAUAGUAGAGGAUCGCUGGGCAGGAAGACCAUCGAGUCUCUUAAAGAGAUUGAAAGAAACAGGCAGUUACAUUUAGUCCAACAAGGCUCUCAAGUGAUAGAAAACGAAAGACGGAGAGUAUUAGCACUUAAGCAGAAAGUACAAAACGAGGUUCGCUCGAAAUGGGCGCAGAGGAAGCAAGAUUGCCUAUCCUACAACUCCACCGGUUCAGAUGAAACUCCAAAUGAGAUAAUGGAGAACGAGCAGAAACUCGACGCAUCCGACGCGACUUCCGGCGAUUUAGUCUGCAACAAAUUAAGUCCAUCUCCCACCCAGGCUCGAACGGAAUCUGAAGAAGCGGAAUCUCCAAGACCAUUAUCAGAAACCAGCGACAUCAGCGUCGAAGUUGGCACGGCUUUGACGAAGAGGAGAAACCGCGCGGACAAGCUUCGGCCGUUGACCAGAUACCUUCCGAUCAGAAGUUCCGAGCUGGAUUUGAAGCAGCACAUCGAAUCUGCAGGUCACCAGGUGAAUUUGUGCCCGCACAUCAUCAUGAACACGACGAGCUGCAGGGGUUUCCUGCACAAGAGAGGAUCAAAGUUGAACGGCUGGUCGCGCAGAUGGUUCGUCUUCGACAGGAUCCAUCGGACGUUGGCUUACUACGCCGAUAAAAACGAGAAGAAAGUCAGAGGUGGUGCAUACUUUCAGGCCAUCGAGGAAGUGUAUUUGGAUCACGCGAACACGGUGAAGUCACCGAAUCCGCACUUAACGUUCGUCGUGAAGACGCACGAACGGUACUAUUAUUUGAUGGCGCCAUCGCCGGAAGCCAUGAGGAUAUGGAUAGAUGUGAUAUUCACAGGCGCCGAAGGAUAUCAGGAAUUCGAUCACGGAACCUAAAGAAACAAAUGAUGGAGGACAAGAGACGACGAGCCGAUAUUUAUUAUUAUUAUUAUUAUUUCUGUUUGAUUUUCUGAUGCUGAAGCGAAAGAUCGUUUCGUGAAAGGUCUUAACUUUAGGCUCUAAAAGGGAAAGAAAUAUAACAUUGAUUUUCGAGUUACCAAAAUUUCAUUCGAUCAGUCUUCGUGAAAAAAUCUACGAGACAAAAUGUGGAAGUUAAUGCAGCUGGUAUACAUUGUACGAUUAAGUUCUUGUAUGUAAUUUCUUUAUUAUUUUUUUUUGGUAUUUAAUGUAAUCGUGCUAAUUGCGUAUGAGAUGAGAGUGCCUUUUACUGGGAAGACUGUAUUUCAUAUUCGUAAACUAUAUAAUUGAUUUAUAUACAUAUAUAUACAUAUACUAUAUACACAAACAC